GGAUGAAUUUGAGGAAAUCUGCAUAAUAAACUUCAAGAACAUCAUGUCCUUUUCUCUGCUCUUCUACCCAAACUCAGCUUCUUUUACAUAUCAAGGCACGUGGUACAAGAAUGAUUUUUUAGUUGAUAUGUUGUCUAUCCUUGCUUUCCCAGAAGCCAUCAACUCUGAGAUAGAGCAUUAUGCUUUUUCCUCUUUAGCAAAGAAAAAAAAAGGAAUCAAUUUAAAGAAGGAUAAUAUCAAAUCUUUGAGAUUUGACAACCUUUUGAUCAUGGGCACCAAUUUUUUAUUGUUGUUUUACAAUAUUCAUUUGUGGUGUUUACUUCAUCCUUCCAAAUGUCCUUAAUGCAUCUUUUAGGUGUAGAAUCUGGAUGCCUUUUGCCUAGCUUGCCAUCAGAUGCAGUAUUUGACAGUGCUACUGGUCUGAGCUUCCUCUGUGAUCUGAAUGACAAUAUUCCAGCUCCCUGGCCUGCUCCUUCUCAAUUACCAGCUUCAUCAUGCAAUAAGACUGUCAAAAUUCCCGCACUUCCUGCCGCAGCAUCUGGGCAAAGCAGCAUCUGUAGUGCGGACCAAGCAUCCCAUGCGCUUUUUGUAGUCUUGGCCAUAUUUGCACUUCUGAUGAAAAUUUAAUUGGCCAUUCUUGUCUGUUGAAUUACCUGAGAGGAGGAUCUACACCUUGCAACUUGAAGAAUUGUACCAAUCCUGGGGCACGAAGAACAUCAUGUGAAAGUUGAAGCAGAGGAGGAUUCUGCCAAAUAUCAUGCUACUAAUUGGGCUUUGACCGGUACACAGAGAAAAAACUUAGCUACCGGGUGAAAAUGAACUUUGAAGUUACUGCAAAGGCAUAUAUAAAUAUAUAUAUAUACAUACCUAUUACUACUACAGUAUAGCAUCCAUUCUUGCAAGUUCAUGUAAUAAAAAAUUUUGUAAAGUUUUACAAGUCGAGGAUGCUAAUGUAAUUAUCACCUCUGAAAGUGUCUCUGUAGAUCCGCAACACUGGGAAAACAAUAUAUAUGUAUGUAUGUAUGUUGUGAACUAAUGCAUGUAUAGUAAGGUUCUUGCUGAGUUGUGGCUGCAUGAAGGG